UCUAGAAAAGAAAAACACUCGCUGCAGAAAUUCGACUUCGUUUGAGGAAGAAAUUCAAUCGUCAUCAUCACCGGAGAAAACGGGAAAGGACGCAGGAGAAAACCCUAGCUUGAGCAAUCGGGUAAUUCAGAGUAUUUCAGUAAAAAAUGGAGAAACAAGGAUCGGGCUCGCGGGAGUUACAGUGCGUAGGGAGACUGGAAAUCACCAGUCCCAAGCCCGUGGGCUUUCUUUGCGGAUCCAUACCCGUAACCGCGGAUGAAGCUUUCCAUGAUUUUGCCUCCGCUGCUCUCGUUCCUUCUUCCCAUACGGAAGGAGCUCCAAGGUAUCGGAUGAUCCCGACAGAAACGGAUCUGAAUGCGCUUCCUCUACCCUCAAGUAUACCAGAAAAAGUACUACCAAUUGCAGCUACCCAGUCGAGCACAAGCAGAGAUUCACAAUGGCAAGGUGGCCAUUUCAUGUCAAGCCUUGCAAGGAAAGGAGAAGCACUUGCUGUAUCUGGUUUAGUAGACUAUGAAGACGAGAUAGAUGUAAUUGCUCCAGCUGACGUUUUAAAACAAAUAUUUAAGAUACCAUACUCCAAGGCGCGAGUGUCAGUUGCAGUUCACCGUGUUGGACAGACGCUUAUCCUGAAUAGUGGGCCUGAUAUUGAAGAGGGAGAAAAACUUAUUCGUAGACAAAACCGUCAGCCAAAAUGUGUAGAUCAGUCCUUGUUUUUGAAUUUUGCUAUGCAUUCGGUAAGAAUGGAGGCUUGUGAUUGCCCGCCAAGUCACAAUACUUCGUCAGCUGAGCAGUUUAAAUCAUCUGUUUAUCCGGAUGUAUGCAUGUCAAGAGAAGGGUCACUUGAGUCCUCAGACCAACCGAUGCAAGGGCAUGCAUCCUACAGGCGUGAAGGCAUUGCUCAAGGGGAAGGGUACACCCAUCAACAAGAGUUCCCACAGGCUGGAAAGGAAAAUCUUGUUUGGGGGAACAAGAAGAAUAAGAGACAUAAAGGCCGUGAAACUGUCAAGAAGGUCUCAGAAGUUAAAGAAAAGCCAAGGUGCCAGGUGCAAGAAUCUGAAAAAUACAGAAAAGUUGGUGAUGAUGGUUUUCUAAGAGUGCUGUUUUGGCAGUUUCACAAUUUUCGUAUGCUCCUCGGUAGUGAUUUACUCAUAUUUAGCAACGAAAAGUAUGUCGCUGUGAGCUUGCAUUUGUGGGAUGUCUCAAGGAAGGUCACUCCACUUACGUGGCUGGAAGCUUGGUUGGAUAACUUCAUGGCUAGUGUUCCAGAAUUGGCCAUCUGCUAUCAUCAGGAUGGUGUUGUACAAGGUUAUGAGCUUCUGAAAACUGAUGAUAUUUUUCUGUUAAAGGGCAUAUCUGAUGAUGGAACUCCUGCUUUUCAUCCCCAUGUUGUCCAACAAAAUGGUCUUUCUGUUAUGAGGUUCCUUCAGGAGAACUGCAAGCAAGACCCUGGUGCUUACUGGCUAUAUAAAAGUGCUGGAGAAGAUGUCAUCCAACUGUUUGAUCUUUCCGUCAUUCCUAAAAACCACACUGCUGAUAGUUGUCAUGACAGUUCUGGCUCUUUGCCAUCUUUGAUUUACAGAGGGAGAAGCGAGUCCAUACUCUCCCUGGGAACUCUGUUGUACCGUAUUGCACAUAGGCUUUCACUCUCAAUGUCGCCUAAUAACAGGGCGAGGUGCGCAAGGUUUUUCCAGAAAUGUCUUAGUCUUCUUGAUGAGCCAGAUCAUCUAGUGGUUCGUGCACUUGCUCAUGAACAAUUCGCAAGGCUCCUGUUGACAUAUGAUGAAGAGUUAGAGUUGACAUCUUCAGUGCUUCCAGUAGAGUCGGAAGUUACUAUUUCUGAUGCUGAAGAAGAAUCCUCUGAGUUUAUAAGUGGGUUGUCUGCACCAAGUGUUCAAGAUAUCCUUUACCCCCCUGUUACCACAAUCAAACAACUUGAAAAUGCAGCACCUCUUGAAAAUUUUGAACAAGAAAAUUCUGCUGAGAUGUCAUUUAGCCGGACCAUAUCUUCACCUGGAAUGCCGGAAGUAUCAGAUAGGGUAUUGGAAACUGAGAAUCUGCCUAGAGUUGGUGAUAAUAACUUUUUGGUAUGUAAUUUGCAGAAAAGUUCAGAUAAUGUGGUUCAGACUGUUGCUGAUCCACUAUCCUCUAAACUGGCUGCAAUACAUCAUGUCUCUCAAGCCAUCAAGUCUCUGAGAUGGACACGGAAACUACAGACCACCAGAGCAGAGGUCAACCAUGAAAGUGAAGUUGAGGAUGAUCAACAUUCGCCAGCGGAUUUCUCUGUCUGUGCCUGUGGAGACACUGACUGUAUUGAAGUUUGUGAUAUUCGGCAGUGGCUUCCAACAUCAAAACUUGAUGACAAAUUAUGGAAACUUGUCCUAUUGCUUGGAGAAUCGUAUUUGGCCCUUGGCCAAGCUUAUAAGGAAGACGGGCAGCUGUAUCAAGCGUUGAAGGUUGUAGAGUUGGCAUGUUUGGUCUACGGAUCAAUGCCCCAAGACACAAGAUUCAUUUCCUCCAUGGUUUCUAGCUCAUUAGCCCAGGUGGACAUUAAUGAUAGAAGUCAAAAGGCAAAGUCUGCUAUAGAUGAUGAUAUGUUCACUUUUGACGGGCUUUCUUCUAAUUACCUCUUCUGGCCUAAAGCUUGGACCCUGGUAGGAGACAUAUUUGUCGAGUUCUACUUGAUGAAGGGUCGAGAGGUCUCAAGGCAAAGAGAGGGGAAAGAAUGCAUCAAGGACUUGAAAAUGUCAUCUGAAGUAUUGAAGGAGGUUGAAAGGCUGAAGAAGAAGAUGGAGCAAUUUAAUCAGAACUGCAGUUCUUGUUCUCUAAUAAAUUGCAGCUGCCGGAGCGACAGGGCCAGCAGCGGCAGUAGUGCUAGCAGCAGCUCCAGGGAUGCACACUCAUCAGGUUAUAUUAGAAAGCAGAGUAAAAAAUCAUAUGGCCGAAACAACCUCUAUGCACUGGCUGGUGACAAUGAUACUGAUGUCUCUCAGAAGGUUGAUCUCCAAAGUGCUUAUGGAGCUGAAAGCAUGAAGCACCACAAGAAUGACAUUAGGGGUGAAGCUUAUGGGAUUUCAGAAGCUAUUCAGCAGAAGAAUUUAGCAGCUGGAAGUUCUGAGGUAUCUGAUUGUAAAGAGACGUAUGAUGCAGGGAAGGAAAAUGCUCUUUCUGUAACUACUUCCAAAGGGGGUGGUAUAUUUAAAUACUUGAGGAGCUCUGUUCCUGGAGAUGCAGAUCAUACUCUCUCUGUUGCUCUGAGCUGUUAUGAAGAAGCUCGAAAAGCUAUGGGUGGACUUCCUGCCAGUUCAGCAGACCUACAAUCUGUACUUAAAAAGAAAGGAUGGGUGUGCAAUGAAUUAGGAAGAAAUAGGCUGGAACUUAAGGAUUUGGGCAAAGCUGAAGCUGCUUUUGCAAAGGCAAUUGAUGCAUUUAGACAAGUAGAGGACCAUACUAAUGUCAUUCUGAUCAACUGUAAUUUGGGCCAUGGACGGCGUGCAUUAGCAGAAGAUAUGGUAUUGAAGAUUGAAAGUCUCAAGAAACAUGCCAUAUUCCAAAAUGCAUAUUUGCAUGCACUUGAGACUGCCAAGAGUCAAUACAGUGAAGCACUCAGGUACUAUGGAGCUGCAAAAACAGAGCUAACUGCACUUGGUGAAAAAGCUGCUUCUGUAUCCGGCAGUCUGAGGAAUGAAGUGAACACGCAGCUUGCUCAUACAUAUCUGAAACUCGGCAUGCUAUUAGCUAGAGAAAAUACUGUUGCUGAGGUUUAUGAAAAAGGUGUCCUGGAAGACUGCUCUAGUUCUAGACCCUCUGAAACCCAGAUUGAUCAGAGAAAGCAUGAAAUAUCAGCAAAUGAUGCUAUACGGGAGGCUUUGGCUCUAUAUGAGUCACUAGGUGAAUUGCGCAAGCAAGAGGCUGCAUAUGCUCAUUUUCAACUUGCUUGCUAUCAAAGGGAUUGCUGCUUAAGGUUUUUGGAGUCCGAUCAAAAGAAAAACAAUGUGGUUAAAGGUGAAAACAAUUUGAGUCAAAAGGUAAAGCAGUAUGUAUCCCUGGCAGAAAGGAACUGGCAGAAAUCCAUGGAGUUCUACGGCCCAAAAACACACCCCAUAAUGUACUUGACUAUUGUUAUUGACAGAUCAGCUUUGUCACUUAGCCUAUCAAGUUACCUACACUCUAGUUCGUUGCUUGAAUCAGCCUUAACUCGCCUGCUUGAAGGAUGCCAUGUAUCUGAACAUACAUCACUUACUGAUGAAAAUCCUGAGGUUUGUGCUAAAUUUUGGAGCCAGCUGCAAAUGCUUCUUAAGACUAUGUUGGUGGCGACACGUUCGACAAAGACAAACAAAAUCCCUAUAAACCCUCAGAAAACUCCGCCUAGUAAAUUUGCUGAUGCUAAAAAACUAUCUGAGCUUUACAAGAUGUCUUUGAAGUCCUCUGAUUUUGGUAUGUUGCAUAAGAUGCACAGCUUGUGGACAGCAUAGCUACAACAGAUGUUGAAGUCGACAUUAUUGUGACUGACAAUAUUGUAAGUACAACCUGUGGGAAAUUUGCUCCCUGAACCUAUCAAAGAAGUUCCAAUCAUCUGCAAUUCUGUGUAGAAGAGAAGAUUAAUGAUCUGGUAGCCCAGACCUUUUCAGGACUGAAUUGGCUAAAUGUGAUGAUUCUUGAAACUGUGGGUCUUGAUGGGACUCAUUCGGAAUUUUGAUGGUUUUGCUGAUAAUAUUGAUGAAGAUCAUUAAUUGGGAUGGGAGUUGGUUCGAGGGAUAGGUCUGAACUGGGUUUGGAUGGUUAGAAAUUUUGAUUUUCGUUUUUUAGUUAAAAACGGGGUUGCUUUUAAGGGAGCUGUAGUACAUAAUAUACAUGCACAACAUUAUUGAAUGACUGUUGUACGAUAUAUAGUGCUUGAUGUGAUACAGAUAAAGUCUUUUGGAUGUGUU